AUGGCGAAAAUUACAGAUGGAACACUGAUGGUUGACCGCACCUCUUCUCACCACUCAUCUCCCACGCAUCACACUCAUCAAGAGAACCCGCGACCUAGCCGCCUCAGAUGCUGUCGCCUCCCUCUUGUUUGCGUUGACUUCCUCUUGGCGGCCGCUUCUACAAGUUCCAUUAAUUAUGCCGGGCUGCAAUGUUACGGCAACGAGGUGCAGAGUGCCAUCCAAUGA